ACUUUGCCACAGGGAGGCACUGAACUGAAAAACUGCCUUGUAAGAGGUGUCGCCCCUCUGUCUACUCCCUUUCUUAUAUCAAGAGGGGAAAAACACGUAACUACCUCUACCCGAUCUGGUCACCAUACGCCUAUUACCUUUAUUGUUACAAGUACCGGAUCACCCUCCGGGAGAAGAUGCUGCCUCGCUGUUAUAAAAGCAUCACUUAUAAGGAAGAGGAGGACUUGACACUCCAGCCCCGUUCCUGCCUCCAGUGCUCCUGAGUCCCUAGUAGGCCUCCAGGAGGGCAAAAGCACCGAGCAGGGUAACCACGACCAGCUUAAAGAACUGUAUUCGGCUGGGAACUUGACGGUGCUGGCUACUGACCCCCUGCUCCACCAGGACCCAGUACAGUUAGACUUUCACUUCCGCCUUACCUCCCAGACCUCUGCCCAUUGGCACGGCCUUCUCUGUGACCAUCGACUCUUCCUGGAUAUCCCAUAUCAGGCCUUGGAUCAAGGCAACCGGGAAAGUUUGACCGCAACCCUGGAGUACGUGGAAGAGAAGACAAAUGUGGACUCUGUGUUUGUGAACUUCCAGAAUGAUCGGAAUGACAGAGGUGCCCUGCUGCGGGCCUUCAGCUACAUGGGCUUUGAGGUGGUCAGACCAGGUCACCCUGCCCUCCCUCCCUUGGACAAUGUCAUCUUUAUGGUGUAUCCCCUUGAAAGGGAUGUUGGCCACCUGCCCAGUGAGCCUCCUUGAACAUGCUUAUUCCAAUGCUUUGAGGGGCUGGAAGCCUUGACACAUGGAAUCAGGGGCCUGGGAUGUGAUUCAGGACACUUUCCAUCCUAGGAAUAAAGGGUAGUGCAAUCA